CACCUGACCUUUCAGAGGGAGUUUGAUUCUGAUUCUCUCAGACACUAUAGCUGGGCUGCGGACACCUUGGACAAUGUUAACCUUGUUUCAAGUCCCAUCCAUUCUGGUUUCCUGGUUAGUUUUAUGGUUGAUGCACGUGGGGGUUCGAUGAGGGGUAGUCGCCAUCAUGGAAUGAGAAUAAUUAUCCCACCACGCAAGUGUACGGCACCAACCCGCAUCACCUGCCGCUUGGUAAAGAGGCAUAAACUGGCCAGCCCACCACCAAUGGUUGAAGGAGAAGGAUUAGCGAGUAGACUUGUAGAAAUGGGGCCAGCAGGUGCACAAUUUUUAGGCCCCGUCAUAGUGGAAAUCCCACAUUUUGGAUCAAUGCGAGGAAAGGAAAGAGAACUAAUUGUACUUCGAAGUGAAAAUGGUGAAACAUGGAAGGAGCACCAGUAUGACAGCAAACAUGAAGACUUAACCGAAAUACUCAAUGGCAUGGAUGAAGAGCUGGACAGCAUUGAGGAACUAGAGAAGAAACGUAUCUGCAGGAUCGUCACAAAGGAUUUCCCUCAGUACUUUGCGGUGGUUUCAAGAAUCAAGCAGGAGAGUAACCAAAUCGGCCCGGAGGGUGGGGUGCUGAGCAGCACGACGGUGCCGCGUGUCCAGGCGUCCUUCCCCGAGGGUGCUCUGACCAAAAGAAUCCGCGUGGGGCUCCAGGCUCAACCAGUUCCAGAGGAGAUUGUCAAAAAAAUCCUUGGAAACAAAGCAACUUUCAGUCCCAUUGUCACUGUGGAGCCAAGAAGAAGAAAAUUUCAUAAGCCGAUAACCAUGACCAUUCCUGUGCCGCCUCCGUCAGGAGAAGGUGUAACCAAUGGGUACAAAGGAGACACGACGCCCAGCCUUCGACUUUUAUGUAGCAUUACAGGAGGUACUUCACCUGCGCAGUGGGAGGAUAUCACAGGCACCACUCCGCUGACGUUUUCAAAUGACUGUGUCUCAUUCACAACCAAUGUUUCAGCCAGAUUUUGGCUCGCAGACUGCCAUCAAGUACUAGAGACUGUUGGGCUGGCAACACAGCUUUAUAGAGAAUUAAUAUGCGUUCCUUAUAUGGCAAAGUUUGUGAUAUUUGCCAAAAUGAAUGACCCUGUGGAAUCCAAUUUGCGUUGCUUCUGCAUGACUGAUGACAAAGUGGACAAAACUUUGGAGCAACAAGAGAACUUUGAAGAAGUUGCAAGAAGCAAAGACAUUGAGGUUCUGGAAGGAAAACCUAUUUACGUUGAUUGCUAUGGAAAUCUGGCCCCUUUGACUAAAGGAGGACAGCAGCUUGUUUUUAAUUUUUAUGCUUUCAAAGAAAAUAGACUGCCAUUCUCUAUCAAGGUAAGAGACACCAGCCAGGAACCUUGUGGUCGAUUAUCGUUUUUGAAAGAACCAAAGACUACAAAAGGACUGCCACAAACAGCUGUUUGCAACUUGAAUAUCACUCUGCCAGCACACAAAAAGGAAACAGAGUCAGAUCAAGAUGAUGAGACGGAGAAAGCUGACCGCCGCCAGAACUUUGUCUCCCUUGCUUUACGUAAGCGCUACAGCUAUCUGACUGAGCCUGGAAUGAAAACAGUUGAACGGAGUGCAGGAGCAACAAGAUCCCUACCUGCUACUUACUCAUACAAGCCAUUCUUUUCAACACGGCCAUAUCAGUCAUGGACAACAGCUCCAAUUACAGUGCCUGGGCAAACCAAAUCAGGCUUCACUUCCUUAUCAAGCUCUUCCUCUAACACUCCUACAGCUUCCCCAUUAAAAUCAAUUUGGUCUGUUUCUUCUGCUUCUCCAAUCAAAUCCACAUUAGGAGCUUCUACCACAUCUUCAGUUAAAUCUGUUAGUGAUGUAGCAUCUCCGAUUAGAUCAUUUCGGACAAUCUCUUCACCAAUAAAAACUGUGGUAUCGCAGCCUCCAUACAAUAUGCAGGUUACUUCAGGCUCUUUUGUCAAAGCUCCCGCAGUCACAGAAGCUGCUAGUCUAAAAGGGCUGGGAUCCACUACCACAGUCCCCUCUCGGACAUCUCCAGUGACUACAGCAGGAUCUCUCUUGGAGAGAUCAUCCAUAACCAUGACGCCUCCAGCAUCCCCCAAAUCCAACAUUAACAUGUACUCUUCAAGUUUGCCACUUAAAUCGGUCAUCACAUCAACAUCUUCACUUUUAUCGUCCCCUCUAAAGUCAGUGGUGUCACCUGCUAAGUCAGCAGUUGAUGCUGUUUCAUCCUCUAAAGUCAUGAUGGCCUCGUCUCUCUCGUCGCCAGCAAAACAUGUAGCUGGGCACACAGAUGUACCAUUGCUUAAUGGAUCUGUGUCACCUCUGAAAUACCCAUCUCCUGCCAACUUAAUAAAUGGAUCCAAAGCUGCAGCUGUUUUUCAAGACAAGAUCGCUGCAGCUGCACAUUCUGCAAGUUGUGCGGCUAAUGCAGUUGCUGACACGGCUGAGAGAGUGUUUUCAACAGCUACAACAAUGUCAUUUUCUCCACUCAGGUCAUUUGUAUCUUCAGCACCAUCAGCUUUCCAGUCAAUGAGAACUCCUCCUGCAGGUGCUUUGUACACAGCCCUUGGGCCAAUAUCUGCAACUACCUCAUCAGUAACUUCAUCAACAAUAACAGUGCCAGUAUAUUCUGUAGUCAAUGUUUUGUCUGAACCAGCAUUAAAGAAGCUCCCAGAGUCGUCUUCACUUACAAAAUCAGCUGCUGCUUUACUGUCGCCUAUUAAAACAUUGACUACAGAGGCACGCACACAGCCUCCCUUUAAUCGAACUUCAUCUCCAAUAAAAUCAUCCUUGUUUUUAGCACCCUCUGCUCUCAAAUUGUCCACACCAUCUUCUUUAUCCUCCAGUCAGGAGAUACUGAAAGAUGUUGCUGAAAUGAAAGAGGAUCUAAUAAGAAUGACUGCAAUAUUGCAGACAGAUGUCGCAGAGGACAAACCGUUCCAACCUGACAUACCAAAAGAGGGUAGAAUUGAUGAUGAAGAGCCCUUUAAAAUUGUUGAGAAAGUAAAAGAGGACUUAGUAAAAGUUAGUGAGAUUCUGAAAAAAGAUGUGUGUUUAGAAAGUAAAGGGUCGGCUAAAGUAUCCAAAAGUGAUCAAGGACACCUGUCUGAGGAUGACUGGGUAGAGUUCAGUACAGAGGAGAUUGAUGAAGCAAGACAGCAAGCUUUGACAAGCCCUCCUAUAUCUGUUCCAGAGAAAGUCCAAAUUAAAACUAAAACCAUGUCGGAAAAGGAUUAUAGCUUGUCAAAAGUUAUUGAUUACUUAGCAAAUGAUAUCGGUAGCAGUUCGUUAACAAACAUAAAGUACAAAUUUGAAGAGGGGAAAAAAGAAGGUGAAGAGAGACAAAAACGCAUUUUAAAACCAGCUAUUGCUUUACAGGAACAUAAACUUAAAAUGCCUCCAGCCUCCAUGAGGCCUUCAACAUCAGAAAAGGAGUUAUGUAAAAUUGCAGAUUCCUUUUUUGGAACAGAUACUAUUUUAGAGUCUCCAGAUGACUUUUCUCAACAUGAUCAAGAUAAAAGUCCCUUAUCUGACAGUGGCUUUGAAACAAGGAGUGAAAAGACACCUUCUGCCCCACAAAGUGCUGAAAGCACAGGGCCAAAACCACUUUUCCAUGAUGUACCCAUCCCUCCCGUCAUUACAGAAACUAGAACCGAAGUAGUUCAUGUUAUCCGCAGCUAUGAACCAUCAUCUGAAGAAAUUCCAGAACAGAAAGCAGAAGAGCUUCCGUCCUCGAAACCUUCCCCUACAUUUAUGGAGCUGGAGCAAAAACCUGCUGGAUCUAUUAAAGAGAAGGUUAAAGCUUUUCAAAUGAAAGCUAGCAGCAGCGAAGAUGAUGACCAUAAGUGUGUCCUUAGUAAAGGUGUCCGAGUAAAAGAAGAAACUCAUAUCACUACGACAACUAGGAUGGUUUAUCAUAAACCUCCAUGCACAGAAAGCACAUCUGAAAGAAUUGAGGAAACAAUGUCUGUUCAUGACAUAAUGAAAGCCUUUCAGUCUGGACGGGACCCUUCCAAAGAACUGGCAGGUCUGUUUGAACAUAAAUCAUCAGUAACAUCCGAUGUUAGCAAGUCUGCUGAAACUUCACCGCAACAUGCAGAGAAGGACAGCAAAAUGAAACCCAAACUGGAGCGAAUAAUAGAGGUCCAUAUUGAAAAAGGUAAUCAGGCUGAACCUACUGAAGUCAUUAUUAGAGAAACAAAAAAGCAUCCAGAAAAAGAAAUGUAUGUAUAUCAGAAAGACUUACCUCGGGGAGAUAUUAACUUAAAAGAGUUGGAAAAACAUGAUGCUUUUCCUUGUUCAGAUGAACAAGGUCAGCAAGAAGAAGAGGAGCUCACGGCCGAAGAGUCACUUCCUUCUUAUCUGGAAUCCUCUAGAGUUAACACUCCUGUGUCCCAGGAAGAAGACAGUCGCCCUAGUUCUGCUCAACUCAUGUCUGAUGACUCUUACAAAACACUGAAGCUUUUGAGUCAGCACUCAAUAGAAUACCAUGAUGAUGAGUUGUCAGAACUAAGAGGGGAGUCUUACAGGUUUGCUGAGAAAAUGCUUCUUUCAGAAAAGCUAGAUGUGUCUCAUUCUGAUACUGAGGAGUCAGUUACUGACCAUGCUCUACCCCUUAGUGCAGAGUUACAGGGGUCUGAUAAACGAUGCAGAGAAAAAGUAGCUACUGCCCCCAAAAAAGAGAUUCUCUCCAAAAUCUAUAAAGAUGUGUCUGAAAAUGGUGUAGGUAAAAUGUCUAAAGAUGAUCAUUAUGAUAAAGUGACAGUGUUACACUACACUGGAGAUGUUAGUAGUCCAAAACAUGCGAUGUGGAUGCGCUUUACUGAGGACAGAUUAGACAGAGGUAGAGAAAAGUUGAUAUAUGAAGACAGGGUGGACAGGACUGUUAAAGAGGCAGAAGAAAAACUGACUGAAGUAUCACAGUUUUUUCGGGAUAAAACAGAGAAGUUGAAUGACGAGCUACAGUCUCCGGAGAAAAAGCAGCAUAAAAAAAAUGGCAAAGAAAUACAUUCUAGCCAGAGCUCUGCCAGCAGCAGCCCUGAGAAAGUUCUGCUUUCUGAGUUACCAUCAUCCAGUGACGAAUGGAGUAAGGUGAAGCAGUAUGCACACGAUGGGAAAUGCUUUCCCAAGGUGGAUGAAAGAAAAGCAUCCAGUUUGCCCAGCAGUCCUGAAAAAAGGAUAUUUGUGCAACCUGCAGAGGACUCUAAACAAACUAUGGAACACAAAGGAACUGCUCAGCAGACUGGAGUACCUGAGGUUUCACAGACUGGAUUUCAGCUGAAGCAAUCAAAGCUCAGUUCCAUUAGGCUUAAAUUUGAACAAAGUAUAAGUCCAAGGAGUAAGGAUGUAACUCAAGAAGAAAAAAAGCUGGAUGGUCAGUCCAAAAUUCCAGUAAAGAAAUUCCAAGAAAGUAAGUUACCAGUGUAUCAGUUUUAUUCCAGAGAGAAACACGCAAAGCAAGUAGAGGUCAUUGAUGGGAGCACAGCUUUACAGAAAGAGGUGAAAAUACAGGAAGAUUUUGUUCCAGGUAAAGGGAAAGCUGUCGAAGACUUUCGUGCUUCAGACACACAAAAACAAAGAACUGAGAUGAGUAAAGGCGUGCCAGAAUACUUUUCAGAACCACAGGCAAAAGACCUGGCGUAUGGCUCAGACUCAACAACGAAGGGACACUGGGACAAAAAAGUUUAUAGAACAUGGGAAAGUCCUGGAACUUCUAAUCAUAAAACACAAAAAGAAAAACUUUCACAUGUGCUGGUUCCAGAUACAGUAAAAGAAAACCAUGUUGAUCAUGCUGAAACUAAAACUGACAAAAAAAGUGAAUUUAUCACUGUGACAGAGCACAAACUGGCAGCAAAUGGAAUUCAUGCAGAAGAAGUGAAGGAACUGACUGUAAAAUCUCCAUCAAAAAGGGUUUUAUACAGAGAAUUUGUUGUCAGGGAGGGGGAACGUAAUGGUGAAGUGGCUGAUAAAAUAUCCAAAAGGAAAGAAGAAAUUGCUGUGUCCCAUAUUCCAGUCAGAAUUGUCGAAGAGAAGAGAACCACGCUUGAUGGUGUCUAUGAACUUUCAGCGAAAGUAUCCCAAUCAGCUGUGAUUAAGGAGAAAGUUGAGAGGCAGAUUGAUUAUGUGGAAGAUGAAAAAAUAAAGCAUUCAGAAAUCAGAAAAGUUACCAAGCAGCAGAGCUCGAUAGGUCUAAGUCCACCUGUUGAGGAAAUGGAGAUAUCCCCUAGCAAAUCACCAGAUUCUUUAGAAUGUAGUCCAGGAAAGGAGUUUCCUUCGAGUGAGUUAGUUGACCCCGGUGCCAGUGAUUACUUGGAUAAAGUUGCACCGCUAGUAAGCACUGAGGGAGUAAAAGAAAUUAAGACCUUACCUGUUUACGUCAGUUUUGUUCAAGUAGGAAAGCAAUAUGAGAAAGAGGUGCAACAAGGAAAUAUUAAAAAAAUUGUCAGUCAGGAGAGUAAGACAGUACAAGAGACAAGGGGGACAUUUUACACAGCUAGACAGCAAAAACAACCUCCUUCUCCGCAAGGUAGCCCAGAAGAUGACACACUAGAACAAGUGUCCUUUAUAGAUAGCUCUGGUAAAAGCCCUUUGACACCAGAAACACCGAGUUCAGAGGAAGUGAGUUAUGAGUUUACAUCUAAAACACCUGACUCACUAAUAGCUUAUAUCCCAGGCAAGCCCAGUCCCAUACCUGAGGUAUCUGAGGAAUCAGAGGAAGAAGCAGAGGCUAAGUCAACAUCUGUAAAACAGGCAGAGGUUGAGGAAUCACAAACUGACAGAACAUUACCUAAUCAUAUAAAUAAGGACUCUAACAAAAGACCCAAAAGUAACAGAGUUGCCUACAUUGAAUUCCCUCCUCCUCCACCACUGGAUGCAGACCAAGGCGAGUCAGAAAAGAAGCCUCAUUAUUCCACUGAGCGUGAAAUGGAGAUGACAGAAGUGAACUUGCAAGAUGAACGUGACAAAUGCCAACUGGCUGAACCUGUCAUAAGAGUACAGCCACCGUCUCCUGUGCCACCGGGAGCAGAUGUCAGUGAUUCCAGUGAUGAUGAAUCUCUCUAUCAACCUGUUCCACUUAAAAAGUAUACGUUCAAACUGAAAGAACUGGAAGAUGACCAGAAAGAAACCUCAAAACCCAGAGCCCCUGAAAAGAUUGAGAAACAGAAAGACUUAGGACAUCCCACUUCUGGGAAACCUAAUGAGUUUGACAUUGGGCUUGAUUCACCCCAGAAUGACGUAGUGCAAAAUGGGAGUAACAAUGACCAGUCUGUCACAGAGUGUUCCAUAGCAACCACUGCAGAAUUCUCCCAUGAUACCGAUGCGACAGAGAUUGACUCUCUUGAUGGCUAUGAUUUGCAAGAUGAAGAUGAUGGUUUAACUGAGAGUGAUUCUAAACUUGCAGGUCCGGCAGUUGAAACCAAAAAGGACGUCUGGACUACAGAAGGCAUUCUAAAGCAGACUGAUCGCUGCUUUAGCCAGAGUAAGCUUGAAGUCAUUGAGGAGGAAGGCAAGGUAGGCUCUGAAGAAGACAAGGCACCUUUGAAGGGUCCAGCUUCUGAAAAAGCCGGAGAUAAGAGUGAACAGAAGUCGGGGGCACAGUUUUUCACUUUGGAAGGCAGACACCCUGACAGGACUGUAUUUCCUGAUACGUAUUUCAGUUACAAAGUAGACGAAGAAUUUGCAACACCUUUCAAAACGGUGGCCACCAAGAGUCUAGAUUUCGAUCCGUGGUCCAAUAACCGAGGUGACGAUGAAGUGUUUGAGACUAAGUCAAGGGAUGAUGAGGCUAAGACAUUUGGUCUGGCAGUGGAAGACAGAUCUCAAGCAACAACACCUGAUACAACUCCAGCCAGAACUCCAACAGAUGAAAGUACGCCAACUAGCGAGCCCAACCCCUUCCCAUUUCAUGAAGGGAAGAUGUUUGAGAUGACUCGCAGUGGUGCAAUUGACAUGAGCAAGAGGGAUUUUGUUGAAGAAAGACUCCAAUUUUUUCAGAUUGGUCCACAGAGUCCAUGUGAACGGACAGAUAUAAGGAUGGCAAUUGUAGCCGAUCACCUAGGACUUAGCUGGACAGAACUGGCAAGAGAACUGAAUUUUUCUGUGGAUGAAAUAAAUCAAAUCCGAGUAGAAAACCCAAAUUCUCUUAUUGCUCAAAGCUUCAUGUUAUUAAAAAAAUGGGUUACCAGAGAUGGGAAAAAUGCUACAACUGAUGCCUUAACUUCUGUAUUGACAAAAAUUAAUCGAAUAGAUAUCGUGACCCUGUUGGAAGGACCAAUAUUUGAUUAUGGAAAUAUUUCAGGCACCAGAAGUUUUGCAGAUGAAAAUAAUGUUUUUCAUGAUCCCAUUGAUGGUUAUCCCAGCAUUCAAGUGGAACUGGAAACUCCCACUGGGUUGCGCUUCGUGCCGCCCACCCCUUCCCAUCAGGACGAUUUCUUUAGCGACACCUCUAGCCUAGAGUCACCCCUUAGAACUCCCAGUAGACUGAGUGAUGUGUUAGUGACCUCCCAGGGACACGUAGAUGGUACAGCAGCAGCACCGCCAGUGGUGACUGAAGAAGACACUUCACUGGAUGACAGCAAACUCGAUUUCUCAGUGCCUAGAGAAGGAACACCCAAAGAUAUUUCCAUAGGCAAGAGCCAGUUGGAGGAAGUGGACCUUAAGGAUUUUCCACGGUAUCUUGGUAGUUAUGGCGGGAUAUCAAAAGAUGCUAAACAAAGGCAGAGUGAAGAGACUAGUAAAAGAGGAGUAAGGACUGAACAGCCUGAGAGAGAAAAGUCUGGUACUGAUGAGGAGAUGACGGAAGAAAAACUUAAAUCUCUGUUUGAGGACAUUCAUCUGGAAGAAGGAGCGGAGUCUGAGGAGAUGACGGAAGAAAGAGUAUGGUCAAUUCUUAAAGGUGUUCAACAAGCAGAACACGAAAUAUCUUCAAUUACAGGUUGGCAGCCUGACUCGUCAAGUGUCACUGAGCCACCGUCGGGACGCAGAAUAGGUGGUAGCCUGCUAGAUCGCUUGGAUGAUAGUUUGGACCAAUGUAGGGAUUCUGUUACCUCAUAUGUCAAAGGAGAAGCAGGGAAGCCUGAAACAAAUGGAAGCCUAUCCGAAUCCACAACAGAGACGAAAUCUAAAUCCUACAUCCUGGAAUCUUUAAAUGAUGUGGGCAAACAGAGUGACAAAGAAGCCCUGAAAACAAAGCCCCAAAUUUCAGCUGGUACUGAUGAGCAAACGUUGUCAACAACAGCAUAUCAGAAAUCUUUGGAAGAGACUAGCAAGCCAACAACAGAAGGCAACAAAACAUCUGUGCCUGUCAGUGUGAAGAAGAUGAGCUGGAGUACUUCUGAGGAUGGCAAGCCAAGAACAAGCAUCCAGGAGGAGGAGGGAACAGUAAUGUCUGAACAGAAGGAAUGUAGUGACAGUGACAGUGAGAUUGAGAGUGAUUCGAGCUCAGAUGAAGAGCAGAGAAUUACCACAAGAGUUUAUCGACGACGGUUGAUUCUGAAGGGUGAGGAAGCAAAAAACAUUCCUGGUGAAUCUGUAACAGAGGAACAGUUUACCGACGAAGAAGGCAACGUCAUCACGAGAAAAAUCACCCGGAAGGUAGUAAGACGCGUUGUUAUCCCCCAUGAGAGGAAAGUUGGUGAAAUGCAGGGAGAAGCUUAUAAGGUUAAGACAAAGAAAGAAGUCAGACACGUGGAGAAAAAAAGUUACUCAUGAAAGCUGAAAGCCAACCACUGAACGGACUGUGUGCUUUUACUGCCAGUAUUCUAGAGGGACACUCACGGAAGAAAAAUCAACAGGAAUUAAACAUUCACCUAUAAAAGUGUGCGUGUGUUUGCUGCUUCCACACAUUAACCGCAUGGUUUUUAUGCAAAAACAAACAAACAAAAAAACCAAACAAAAAAAUUAAUUUAGCAUGAGCCAAUUUACAGAGCAUGGAAAUUCACGUUCAUUCACAGGAUUGGAGGGUGCGCAGUUCCAAUGCAGUGUACAUACAAGAUGCCAUGCUGUUACAGCUUCUUUCAAGCAGUUUGAUGUCAUCUCAAAAGAAAUAAAUUCCUGUGGCCAGAAGGGAUGUACGAAGACGAAAUGGUUAAACCAUGGAAAGACACUAAAAUUACUAAAAUCCACAACAGCUCGCCUUAUUUUUCUUGGACCCAAACUGUCAGGGUAUAAAACACUAUUUGUUUCUUUUUUAAACAUCAAUAGUUUUGCUGUAAAUAAAUAACACUGUAUAAAUUCUAACAAAAUAGAAUAAAUGUUGAUAAGGCACUGCCUUUUUGAUCACAAACAGAAUAUUGCAAAUGCAUUGAGCAGGCUAGGUGUCUCAAAUGGCUGCACCUACAGGGAUAUUCUGGGUGUAUCUUCACAGAUUCUUGUAUAUUAGCAAUUAUAAUGUUUGUAUAUGCAAAAACGCUAGCUUGAUUUUAAAAAAAUCUUUAAAAUCUGCUGCAAAUUUAAAUGAUUCCCAAAAUGAGGAAUUCUGUAGUUCUGUGAAAAUUUUUCUUCAGAGUACUAAUAUUUUGAUGCAUGUGUUUCACCUUAUUUUGAUUAAAUCUUUUCCAGUUUUGCAAACACUAUACCGCAACAUGAAAAAUAAGAUUUUAUCUGUAAACACAAAGCCCUUCAUCUAAUAUUUGUUGCUGUUGCCAAUUUUACAAUGAAAUGACCUAAAACCCAUAACAUAUACAGUAGUUGCAUUAUGGGGAGGGGGGUGCUAUCUGUUCUCGCUUCGUAACGGGGGUAAUGCUUGCAGCUUUAGAAGUGGGUUGGUGCUCUAAGGAGCACAAGUUUGGGAUAUUUUUAAAUGAACUGAAGAGAAAUUAUUAGCUAAUAGACUGGCAGCACGCUGUAAAAUUAUUACUGUAUUGUGUACUGGCUAUAAGAUGUAGAAUCUUUCAGUAAGCCAAUCAUCUGUAAUCAUCCUAGCAGUGUAAUAUUAGGUUGUUAAGGCUGCUGUGUUUUAAAGGGCAUUUUUAUUUGGGUUUUGGUGAAAUACUUUAAUUUGUUGAUUAUAUUCAUAUGGAAACAGCAUUCAUUGAUAAUAGCUCUAAUUACAUAUGUAUGAAAACAACAAACACUGGAUGAUCUAGUUGAUUAUUUAAGCAUAAAAUAAAUUGUGUUAAAACUC